CACGAUCCUGGCGGGCCAAUCGGGUACGGCGACACUGCCAAUCGGUACGAUAGUCAGCAUACAGCAGCCGCACCAGCAACCGUCCCAGCAGCAGCAGCAGCAACAGACCCAACCUGCCACGGCAACGAUAAUCGGCUUGAGCGCUAGUACGCUCAGCGCACUGAAUGCGGCAACGGCGGUCGGUAGUACGGGCGGCGGUGCCACGAUAGCGAGCGGUGGUGCAACGAUCACACCGGUAACGGCUGGCGGUGGUGGUGGUGGCGGUGGCGGUGCGACGGUUGUCGCCAAUCAGCUGCUGAAGGUGGCCGCCGGCAACAACAACAGCAUCAGCAUCCUGAAAAUCGGUGAUGAUAUCAUGCUGAAGGCGGUGAAAGUGGAACCCCUGCCCAGUGAUACGGGCGGUGGUGGUGGUGGUGGUGGCGGGGGUGGAGUUACAGCGACCACCACCGGAAAUAGUGCCGGUGUCACUGCCAACACCGUUACCGUGACGACGAUCCCGCCGGCAAAUGGUGGCGGUCAUGUCGUCUUUGGUGGCAAACGACGGCAUGAAAGCAACGAAGAAUGGAUAUCCUCACCUAGUCCUGGCAGCGUGCAAGGAUCGGCACCGCCCCUGAGUCCCUCGCCCGGCUCCCAAAGUCACACCUACACAAACACCAUGUCGAACGGAUACUCUUCACCAUUGUCCAGCGGCAGCUACGAUCCUUACAGUCCAAACGGGAAAAUGGGUAAGUCACGGUGUCGGAACAUUCUAUACCGAGUUGGAAUCUGAGAAACGAUCAACACAAAUCUGUCAAAUCUGUUUCACACUUAUGUGACUUGGAG